AUGGUUGAACGGACAGAACAUGACUACCGCAAUUCCGAAGAGAUUGAACCGCAUCGCAACGGGGAUGAAAUCGCAGCUUUGGAAAAGCAAAGUACCGCGGCAUCGGGGUAUUCGGCCUUUGAACAGCGCACGCAGUCAAUAGUAUCGCGCAUUCGGAGUCGAGAGCCCGGCCAGACGGCGAAAUUCUAUCAUCCACUUACCCACAGCAAGACAAGUCCCGAUGUCAUUGUCGAUUUUGAUGGGCCGGAUGAUCCGUACAGACCGUUGAAUUGGGGUUUCAAGAAAAAGGCUAUCACGACGGUGUUGUAUGGAUUAACUACUAUGGGCUCGACGUGGGCCAGUUCAAUCUACUCCACUGGUCAGAUACAGAUUAGCCAGGAGUUCGGCAUCUCGAAUGAGGUCGCUACACUCGGCACCUCAUUACUUUUGUUCGGCUUGGGAUUGGGCCCGUUGAUCUGGGCACCUCUGUCUGAGCUCUAUGGACGCAAAACGGCAGUUCUACCGCCAUACUUUCUCGCGGCGAUCUUUUCCUUCGCAACAGCCACCGCAAAAGACGUGCAGACUAUUAUGAUCACUAGAUUCUUCACGGGCUUUUUCGGCUCGGCACCUGUUACCAACACCGGCGGAGUCCUGAGUGAUAUCUGGAGCCCCGAAGAGCGUGGCGCCGCCAUUGUCGGCUACGCCAUGGCCGUAGUGGGCGGGCCUGUCAUCGGGCCUAUCGCAGGUGGUGCCAUCGUGCAGAGCUAUCUGGGCUGGCGCUGGACUGAAUAUAUCACCGGUAUCAUGAUGAUGUUCUUCCUAACCAUGGACCUCCUCUUCGUCGACGAGAGCUACCCACCAGUUCUGCUGGUCUACAAGGCCCGCCGACUCCGCUUCGAAAGCGGCAACUGGGCCCUCCAUGCACGCCACGAAGAAUGGGACGUGACUCUCAAAGAAAUAGGUAACAAGUACCUCGUCCGUCCCUUCCAACUCCUCGCAACCCCAAUCUGCUUCCUCGUCGCCCUCUACGCAUCUUUCGUCUACGGUAUCCUCUAUCUCAGUCUAGCGGCCUUCCCAAUCGUCUUCCAGGAACUCCGCGGCUGGAACCAAGUCGUCGGCGCCCUCCCUUUCCUCGCCUACCUAGUCGGAAUCCUAAUGGGUGGAGGUAUCAACCUCGCCAACCAGAAAUUCUACAUAAAGCGCUUCAAAGCGAACAACAACCGCGCCGUCCCAGAAGCCCGUCUCCCGCCUAUGAUGAUCGGCUCUGUUCUCUUCGCUGGUGGGAUGUUCGUUUUCGGCUGGACAAGCCCGAAACACAUCCACUGGAUCUGUCCGAAUAUCGGUGCUGUCAUGAUGGGCUUGGGCUUUUUCACUAUCUUCCAGGCUGCUCUCAACUACCUCAUUGAUACAUUCCAGAAAUACUCUGCUAGUGCGAUCGCGGCAAAUACUUUCCUGCGCUCGAUGUUCGCGGGCUGUUUCCCGCUCUUCACAGCUGCCAUGUUUCAUAAUCUUGGUGUUCCGUGGGCUGCUAGUGUGCUGGGCUUCAUCUCUGUUGCUCUCAUUCCCAUUCCGUAUUUGUUCUAUAAGUUCGGGAAGCGGAUUCGAGCGCGCGGGACGUGGUCGCGAGACUCGGUUUAA